CUGCCAUUCAAACCCAAUUCGACCGUUUUUGUCCCUUCAUCAGUUUCAAGAAAAGGUCCCCACAACCCAUCCCCCCUUCAAAAUUCAAAUUCGAGCCGUUAGAACUCCCAUCUCUUUAAAUUAAACUCUCUCCUUAUCGUCUUCGUCCCCACCACCACUUUUCCCAUCUCUCUCUCUCUCUACAUCCUACUCUCUCACUAGAACCACCGGUGUUCAUUUUCCGGUCUCAAAACCCCAAAAUGCGUGAGAUCCUCCACAUCCAAGGGGGCCAAUGCGGCAACCAAAUCGGGGCCAAGUUCUGGGAAGUGGUCUGCGCCGAGCACGGCAUCGACUCCACCGGCCGGUACCAGGGGGACACAGACAUCCAACUCGAGCGAAUCAAUGUCUACUACAACGAGGCGAGCACCGGGAGGUUCGUCCCCCGGGCCGUCCUCAUGGAUCUCGAGCCUGGUACCAUGGACAGCAUCCGAUCCGGCCCAUAUGGCCAGAUUUUCCGGCCCGACAACUUCGUUUUUGGGCAGUCCGGGGCCGGGAACAAUUGGGCUAAAGGGCAUUAUACUGAAGGGGCUGAGUUGAUUGACUCGGUGCUCGAUGUGGUGAGGAAGGAAGCGGAGAACUGCGAUUGCUUGCAGGGAUUUCAGGUGUGCCAUUCAUUGGGAGGAGGAACUGGAUCUGGAAUGGGAACCCUUCUGAUUUCCAAGAUCAGAGAAGAAUACCCAGAUCGGAUGAUGCUCACUUUCUCUGUUUUCCCCUCUCCUAAAGUCUCCGACACCGUCGUUGAGCCCUACAACGCAACGCUCUCGGUCCAUCAACUUGUCGAAAAUGCGGACGAGUGCAUGGUCCUCGACAACGAAGCCCUCUACGACAUCUGCUUCCGUACCCUCAAGCUCACCACUCCAAGCUUUGGUGAUUUGAACCAUCUGAUUUCGGCAACAAUGUCCGGUGUCACUUGCUGCUUGCGAUUCCCGGGCCAGUUGAACUCUGACCUCAGAAAGCUCGCCGUGAAUCUCAUCCCCUUCCCGCGUCUCCACUUCUUCAUGGUCGGUUUCGCCCCUCUCACGUCCCGUGGUUCCCAGCAGUACCGGGCCCUAACCGUACCCGAACUGACCCAACAAAUGUGGGACUCCAAGAACAUGAUGUGUGCGGCAGACCCACGCCACGGCCGGUACUUGACCGCGUCAGCAAUGUUCAGGGGCAAAAUGAGCACAAAGGAAGUUGAUGAGCAAAUGCUCAAUGUCCAAAACAAGAACUCCUCCUAUUUCGUUGAGUGGAUCCCUAACAAUGUGAAAUCGACGGUUUGCGACAUUCCUCCGACUGGGUUGAAAAUGGCGUCGACUUUUAUUGGGAAUUCGACCUCAAUUCAGGAAAUGUUCAGGCGGGUGAGCGAGCAGUUUACGGCCAUGUUUAGGAGGAAGGCUUUCUUGCAUUGGUAUACCGGGGAAGGCAUGGAUGAGAUGGAGUUUACGGAGGCCGAGAGCAAUAUGAAUGACUUGGUUUCGGAGUAUCAGCAGUAUCAGGACGCGACUGCCGAUGAGGAGGGAGAGUACGAGGAUGAAGAAGAAGAGCUUCAGGAAUAAUAAUGUAAGCAUUUUGUUGCCAGUCUUUGGCAAGAGGAAUGCAGCAGCAGUAGUAUUGUUAAGGGAGCUGUUAUGUUGUGUUUUGUUUUGUCCUACUUCUUGAAUACAUUAUGCAGUUAUUAUUCAUGUUAAUGAGCUUUAUUUUUGGUUAUAA